AUGCCAGGACAGUUCACCACCAGUGAAGUACUUUCUCCCCUCAGUGGUGCCCCACUAUGCAGCCCAGGCCUCCUGCAACCAUUUCGCUUUCGAUCCCGGAGAGAACUGAUAGACUGGCGGCGCCUCAGUUCCCUGGACGUGGGCCGCGUGGCCCGGGAAAUGGACGUGGCUGUCCUGCAGGAGCACAUCAAUGCCGUCACCUUCUGUGAUGUGGAUGCCGAGUGUUGCCCCCACUGUCGUAGGCCAGUGGACCCUGUGCUGCUCAAGGUCUUGCGCAUGUCCCAGCUUAGCACUGAGUACCUGCUUCACUGCCAGGACUACCUGAGUGCCCAGCUGGCAGCACUUGAGGAGCGCCUGCAGGGGGCACUCACUCAGGUGGAGCAAGAGGGGAAGGAACGGGCCCGUCUGUACACUGAGCUGCAGGCCAUGCGACAAGAGAGCCAUCACAGGAAGAAGAUGAUCACCAUGCAGCAGCUUCUGCUGCAGGCUGGUGCCAGCAGCUAUCACAAGUGCCAGUUGUGUGAGAAGGUCUUCAUCAAUUAUUCAUUUCUGCAAGCACACCUCCAGCGCAGACAUCCGGAUGUUACAGAUUCAGAGAGCGAGAAGAAGAGGCAGGUGGAGGAGAUGGAGGAUGGGAUCAAGGAACUGAGGGAAAGGCUGACCCAGUACAAGCUGGAGGUGGAGAGAGGGGCAGAGGCCUUCAGGAGACAGCAGGAGCUGGAGCGACAACAAAAGAAAGAGUCCAAUGAGAGACUGGAGCUGGAGAACUGGAAGGAAGAGGAGAAACAGAAGUGCCAUAUGGUGAUAAGUGACCAGAAACAGCUCCUUCUGCAGGAAUUUAAAGAUAUCUCCAGCCAGAGUUCUUCCAUUGAGGGAAAACUGCAGGAGCUUCAGACCAAAGGGGUGACCAUUUCAAACCUGGGAAUGCUAUGUGAUGAAGACGAGCAAGAUGGGGGAGAGGACGGAGAGAGACAGCUGAAGGAAAAGAUUGCCCAGCAGAAGAGGAAAUGGAGGAAGAAACUCCAGGAGAUCCAGAAUGGACACCUAGUAGAGAGGCAGGAAUUACAGAAUGAGAAUGAGAGACUGAGGAUGUCCCUUUCUGCUGACCAGAAGUCAGCCCUGCAGAGCCUGAAGCAGCAGAUCAGCUCCCUCGUGGACCAGGUGGAGAAGAAAGAAAAGCUCAUCCAGUCACAGGAGCAUAUGAUCAAGAAACUGUCAGCAAGACCUGUGACAGUUUCGGCUUCUCCCAUCAUCCAAGAUGGAGAAUCCUCAGAGGAAGAAGAGCUGGAGAACUUCAGGGACAGCAGACAGAGAUGGCUAGAGUCAGUGUGCAGAGAGCCCAGUUUCAUCCAGGAGAUCAAGCCCAUCCUGGAGGAGAAUCUGGAGGACAAACUGGAGAGCUUGGGGCUCAGAAAGGGAACUAGGGGCAUUUCCAGACAGACAUUCAGGAGUCUGAGCUCUUUGGUGGCGGCACAGCGGCAGCAGAAGGCCGUGCAGCUUUCGGACUUGCAGGGCCUGAGGGCGAGGCUGACCCGUGAGAUGACUCACAGAGUGCGGCGCCUGCAGAGAAGCCAGGGUGCCUCUGUGCCAACCCCAACUGCUCCCUGGAGAACUUAUGGCAGCCUUAAGAAGAGCCCAAAACCCAAGAAUAACCCAGUGAAACCGUCUCCCAAGCAGGUUAAAUCUCAGGCUCCACAGACUGUCUCAAGGUUGACAGUCCCAUCUCAGAUCCCUCAUUCUGGUCAACAGAGGAACAGCCCGCCUUCCUUCAGCUCAGAAGAGGACUCAGUGGGGAAUAAUGCCUGCAUCAUGAGUCCUGGAAGCAAAUCUGUAAUCUUGGCCAAAGUGAUGCAGUCAAGACCCAGUCAGACCCACACUGCGAACACCAAAGAGGAUUGGUUGGACACUGAGUUGUCAAAGUGGCCCAUCAGCCCCAAUAGCCACAGAACUCCUCAGUCACAAGGAAAUGUGAUCCAAUCUCCGAUGAGAGGCCGGGAAAGUCACCUUACUUCCCCCAUGACUAAGCCUGUGGGCAGGACUAGAGUGACACCACCAAAAACUACCACCUCCCACAAACCCAGUGCUGUGACACAGCUUGUGGUUGAAGACAGUGACCUGGAGUUGUCGUCUGUUGAGAAGAUCUCCCCACAGUCAAUAGGUGGCCAGACUCCAAGGGCACAUGGGAGUGCAGACUCAACAGGGUCUCUAGAUACUAGCGUUUGGAGCUCAUCAGUCACCCAGGGAGGAAUGUGGUACCGGAAUGAAAUCCUCAGACCCAUUGUCAGACCUUACACUGGUACAGUGGGCCCUGGGUUCCUCCUGGUGCAGGACAAUGCCCGUACUCAUGUGGCCAGAGUGUGUAGGCAGUUCCUGGAUGACGAAGGCAUUGAUUACAUUGACUGGCCCUCAUGUUCCCCAGACCUGAAUCCAAUUGAGGACCUCUGGGACGUUAUGUAUCGGUGCAUCUGA